GCAAAAGCAUAUGGAAAGUGAUUUGACAUCUACCAAACAAAUCAAUCGAUUGAUGCAUCACCCAAAAAAAUCAAUUUACGAACGCGCCGUCAGAAUAGAAUUUCUUCUGAGUGUAGUAAAAAAGUGUUAUCUUCUUAUCUUGUUCAGAAUCAGAUAAAGCAGAACAACUGGCAGCGCUUAUUGAGUGGCCUUUUUAAUCCAAAAUCGAAUCGCGAUCAAAUCAAAACAAACGGAACAUUUUCUUUUCUUUAAUUUAAAAAUUUCAUUUAAAUUGCAUUUAAAAGCCAAAGAAAAAAAAACUGCGUUUGAAAAAGAUUUUAUUUUACUUGUAAUUCUGAAACUAGAAAUCGAACGCGACAGGCUAGUAGUGUAAUCGAUGGAGUACUUGCCGCUGGAACUGCUGCAGAAAAUUUUUGGAUACUGUAGUCGCGACGCCUUGCUAGCCAUCAGUUUGGUAAACCGACGCUGGACUGACGCGGUCGAUCCUGUGCUAGCUGCUCGGUCCUGCCUGAAAGUCAGUUACUGCAUAGAACAGAAUGAUCUAUCCGUUCAGAUCGACAAGGAGCUUUUGGCUAAAUCCCAGCGCCGAUACAGUUGCAUCCGUGUCGGAUGGGGUGAUUCGGAUAGCCGCCGGACAAUUAUGAUUAUCCAACAACUGCUAGAUCUUUGUCAAGAACGAUUUUCGUUGCAACGGCUAUUCUUACGCGCUAUUCCGAACGAUACGUUGGAGAGGUUUUUCUCAAGAAGGCACAACUGGCUUCAAAACUUAACGGAAUUAUACGUUGAGCUAGGAAGUGCUCGCGGGGAGUCCAAUGAAGAUGCUAUUUGUGAAAUAUUUUUACCGAGGCUCAAGAAACUCACCUGGAUGGAAAUUGAAACGCCUGAUUUGGAUGACCUGAAUACUUGGCAGGACCCAAUAUCCAGUAUAUUUUUCGAUGAGUGGUUUGCGUUUGCGGUGGAUGCACCAGAGCUGGAACAAGUCUGCGUCCGAAUCAACAGCAAACUAGUAAGGAUUCCCCUCGAAAGUCGACAAGAAACUUCCGAUGUGUGCUGCUUGUUUUUGCCAAGUUUGGAGCUGAAAAUCUACGAUAAGCUGAAAAGCAUAGAAAUAAUUGGGCUCUAUGAGCUAAACCAGUGCCACGUAGAUAGUAGCGAGAGGCUUCUGCGACAUAUUCAAACGCUUUCUUUUACCAGGUGUCAUAGUCAUGUGAUCCAACAAAUUUGUUUAAAAUGUCAUAAUCUUAAGGAACUGACCAUCGACGAACCACAGGAGGGACUGUUGUCUUUUCAGGUGACGCCAACUCUUAUGACUCUGGAAAAGUUUGCUUUUAAAAAUAUUUAUCACUCUUUUCCACGGAACGACAAUGCCUCAUUCCCCAAACUCAAAACAUUGAUCCUUGUAGACAUGUGCAUCGGUCUGUUCUUGGGGAACGUGCCCAUCGAUGCUCCUGAGCUAGAAACUCUUAUAUUAACUCGUUCAAACUACGGUAAACUUCGAAUCCAACACAAAGAUCAAAUCAGAACGCUGGCUAUAAAGUUAGACACCAAUAGAGGAGAAAUUGCUCAGCCUCCGCCGAACAUAACUGAAUUACUGCUGCGGAUUGGAAAGGACGACACUUCAGAGCAGGUUCGCGAUUAUUUACGUUUGUUUCCAAAGCUCAAACGACUUACUUUGACCGGAAAUGGUAGAAAGAUUUUAGAUGGAAUGUUCCUUAGAACCAUGUUCCCUUAUCUCGAACACUUCCAUGGCCAUCUAUUGACGGUAGAGUUGGAAGAUCUUCAGCAGAUUGAUAAAUUGAAGUCAAUUAUUCUAUCGGCAUCGACAUUAAAAAUGAGUACGCAGAUGCGCCAUCUCACACUUACCGGUGUCGAAUAUUUCCGGGUAGACUCGUUGACCGUGGACGAUCCCAGCGUGCGAGAGUUCCCCAUCCAAAUCAACAAACGACAAGUUCCGAUUGAACUCUCAAGCCCUAACGGCGGUUGUUUGCGGUUCAGUUCGCUAAACUAUCGGAUGCAACUGGCGCCGGACUUCCAACACAUCGUCGUCUGCCCCGAUUCGGCGGCACUGUAGCAAACUUUCCAAACCAUGGAAACGAACGACUGACCACGCUUUGCACUGCUGUGAGAGGCCUCCGUUUUGUGUGAGGCAUUCUGUUCAUCUGUACGCUAGAACCGGAGAGAUUCUGUAUUUUAAACUUUUUACCUAAGUGUAUUAUACAUUUCGCUAAAUAAACUUGUUAUGUUGAAUAUUUUUGCAUAAGAUUUGCUAGUGUUCCAUUUUGUUUGAAGCUCUUCAACCAGAGCUUUUUGUUUUUGGGCUGGAUUCAUUCUACAU